GGUUUCAACUUAGUAGUCAGUUAAAUCUAUCCAUGUAGUAGUAAAAAUCUUGUCUAUGGAUAUAAACAGGCGUAGCCACAAGUUGGGAGCCAAAUGGACAAUGCGUUAGAGUUGGAUAUUUCCCUUUGUUGAAUAGGUGACUAAACAGUAGAAAUUGCAGAGGGAGACGAGAGAGUUGGUAGCAAAUGGCCGAAUCAAACCCAGCAGAGUCAGCUCUGCUAGCUUCUAAAAUAUGCAAUCAGAUAAGCUCUGUCUUCUCCAACACCACCACAAAAACCCCUGCCUUGGAAGUUCUGGUGCAAGAAAUCGCAGCCGCUGCUACCCGCAACGGCAAGGUGUUCGUGUACGGUGUGGGCCGUGAAGGGUUAAUGCUGAAGGCCCUAUCCAUGAGGCUUUUCCAUCUGGGUUUAUCAGCCCACUGCGUCUUCGACAUGAACACUCCUCCAAUUGGGCCGCCGGACCUCCUAAUUGCCUCCGCCGGCCCAGGGGGUUUCUCCACCGUGGAUGCAAUCUGUGGUGUGGCCAAAUCCAACGGUGCUCGUGUGCUGUUGCUGACAGCUCAGCCCGAAUCCGGAUCUUCUGUGAAGUACGCGAGUGCUGUUGCUCAUAUUCCGGCUCAGACAAUGGCUGAUGAUAACGCUGGUGACGCGGAGCAGGAAAGGCCGCUGCUUCCGAUGGGGAGUUUAUAUGAAGGAGCCAUGUUUGUGCUGUUUGAGAUGGUGGUUUUUAAGUUGGCAGAUGUUUUGAAGCAGAGUCCUGAAGCUGUGCGAGCACGCCAUACCAAUCUGGAGUAAGCAUAAACGUUGAGGUUAAAUAUUUAGGAAUAUUUGGUUUUUGAACUAAGAUGGGAAGCAUAUAUCAUAUGUAUGGACUAUGGUGUAUCCAGUGGCUGAGCUAGGUUGAAGAAAGGGAAUUCAAUUUGCUUGGUUUAUAUGUAAGUUGUUCAAUUCCCUCGACAUGGAGAAAAUUCUAGUAAAGUGUGGCAAAGGAUGUUUAAACAUUGCUACUUUUGAAUUCUCUUGCUUAAAUUCCCGGCUCGUACCUUCA